UCGGAGCGAACGAGUGGUCGCUGCAUUUGUACGCGCGACAGACAUCGAUACCAGAGAGACGGUGUUAUUUGCGCGGUCGCGCUAAUCUCCAUUCGACGUCUGCACCAUUUGGCUACAAAAUAAACACGACUGUCGUGUGCGCGAGUGACAAUGAGGCGAUAGCCUCGACUGGGCAUCAGCCAAAAGUAUCGUCGAGACGAGUUGGUUUGACAGCAGUGCGGUCUCCUUUGUGUCAGCUCGUCGCCUCUAUAAGCCGUUCUCGUUGCGUUGCGUUGGGUGUCGUCAGCAGCCUCGGCAAAUUGCAUGUGGUAGUCAACUCGAGGAUGGGAGGAACGAGAGUCUCUUGCAAAAUUGAGAAAAGCCUGACCUCGUGACAACAGCGGCAGCAGAUAGAGUGCAGCAGUCUGUGUCUAACAGCACGGGAGUUGGCGGCGAUGUGGUCGAGCAGAUGGCGCCAGCGGCGUUUUGACAUCGAAUCAGCAGCGCAGCCCGUCGAAUGUCAUCAGCUGGACGACGAAGCGAGCGCCGCUGCCGCUGUUACGCCUAAGCAGCCAGCCGCCCCCACGGAAUUAUGAGCCGAGAAUUCUACGUGCCCUGCCAGCCUUACGCAUAUCCGGUUAGUGGAUUACAUCUUACUAGGCGUAAUCAAACUUUCUUUAUACUUUGUUCGUUUCGUAAGUUUCUCAGAGGUGGCUGCACAACUUUCAAAGCUCGAAAGAUCGCACCUGUAUCACUGGCAGUAGCGAGAGCGUGGUGGGCGUGAACGGAGUCGUGGAAGGUGGCAUGGAGUGCAUGCCCCUUCGGCCCGGGCCGUUUCACUACCUGAUAAGCGAGCAGGCCAAAUCGCUGGUCGCCCUACAGGAGUUGCAGAAUGAGGUCGGCGCCUUACUCGAGUUUCGGGACCUCGUCAUCGAGACCUUCCCAAAUCUCAGGCACAAGAUGGCCGUCACCGCAUCCGCCCACAACAAUUCCACUUCGCCAACUACCAACGGCGCCGCUUCCGGGCACAUGUCCUCCGGCCAGGGCUCGCACAUGCCUAUGCCACUGUCCAGUCAGAGUCCGUCGUCGCGGCGCAUCGGCGAGUGGGAGCCAGGAAAGGUGAGGCGGCGGGUGGCGCAGUCGCGAGACAACAACGACUCAUCGUCGCUGCCACGAAGCCGCAGCAAUUCGCACAGCGGCGGCAACAAGCACAGUGCCACGGUCCAGGACUCGGGUUUCAGCACGGAGACCUCAUCCAAGGAUAGCGCGUCCACGGCUAUACCAAGGCCACAGAGUCCGAGCAGUCGGCCGGUACUCGACGAAGCCGAGGAUGAGCUUUGGAAUCUGCUCGAUGUUAUUCACAGAAAAGGCGUCAGACUUAGAGAGGAAGUCGAGAGUCUUCAAGGUCGCUUGGAGAGCGUUGCACCGGAGGACCUCGAAGAUGUGCCCAGUGAUAUCCUCGACGCGGUACGCAAAGUCUCGCGACACUCGGACGACCAAGAAGACGACCAACGUCGCCACCGCCAUCGCCAUCGCAGGCUCGACUCGCCAGACGAAGAUCUGCUGCUCAUCGAUGAUGAGGGCUGUUCGCAGUUGGCAGUGCUUCGACGUGAGAAGUUGCAGCUGCUGGAUAAAGUCGCGGAAUUGGAAGCCGAAACGAUUUCGAGUCGAGCGCUAGCCCAAGAACUUCAGUCGGCACUCAAGGCUGGAUUAGACGGCAGAUUAAGGGCUGGACUUGAGGGCGAGGAUGGUGGUAUUCUGGCGCCGGCUGUUCAGAGACUGCAACCCAUCGAACCCAGCGUACCUACAAAUCUCGCCUUACAGUCACCAAGGGGCAGCGGGAACGCCCUUAAUAUCAAGAGCAAGGACUCGGCCUUCGUGAGCGUCGUUUCUGGAGAUAUUAACAAUAAGGCACAGAAAAAUCGGUUCCGCACGAGGACCAUCGAGAAGAACGUGCUAGCGUGCGUGGCGAUGAGCCGCUCGAUCGAGGAUGUGACAUCGGCAGUAACAGCGUCGGGUGACAAGUUGUCCACGUCGAGUGUGGACGAGAGGCGAAAGCGACUGGGAGCUCUCGACUCGGUGCUGAUAUCACCGAAGCGGCUACCUCUGUCGAUGCAACGGAUGCGCCGUAGCGACGUUGACGCACACAAAAUUGCCGCAAUCCUACGCGAACGCUCGCCGCUCGAGCUUCAACGACACCUCAUCACUACUACCGUCCAGAAUCAGGCUCUUCAAAAGCAACUAGAUGAAAUACAGAAAAGCACAGAGACGCUUUCCGAGCGAUUAGGGAAAGCAAACGAAGAAAACGAAGAUCUACGUUUCCAGUUGGCCGAGCGAAACAUCGAACUGGAAGGCACACGAGCUCGUAUGCGAGUUUUGGAGCGACUACAGCAGCGUCCUGCGACAGAAAACGACGCCGACGAUGAAUCCGAACCGCUACGAAAUGGCCAUCACUUGCAGAACGGCUUUGACGCGGGCAGUAGCAGUGCGGAGUCAUCGCGCGAUACACUGCACACUUCACAUAACACCAGCUCCGAAAGUCCUUUGAAACCAUCGCCUCGGCGGCGACCUAGUCGAAUUCCGCUGCCGGGCGCGACCAAAGCCACGGCUCCGAAACCUCCUAUCACCUCGACCCCUAAUAACAGUAAUUUGCAACACCGACGCAACGACAGUAAGGAUUCGCUGAGGUCGUUCAAAAGUAAUAAUAAUUCGUCGAUAACGUCGAGUCGGCUGUGCGCGGUCAAAGCUGCAGCUCGUGAUUCAGGUCGCGAGUCGUUGAGCAAGAGUACCAGUGGUGCGAUCAGGGAGCCGACUAGUCGCUCGUUACCGCGCAACAGCUCAAGAGAUUCCCUCGGCAAAUCUUCGCUGUCGAGAACGCGAGACUCUCUCGACUCGAAUGGCAGUCAAACGCCACCGAGAAGGCCGCCCGCUCCGGCGCGCAGAUCUCAUAGUCAAGCACCUAGGCCCGAGCAGUCGCCGGCAGCAUCAACUAUCCACAUGCAAAACGACACCGCCAAGAGUAUGCAAUCAUCAAAUCCACCAAGUUCAUGGUUGUCAUCAGGUGUAUCAUUGUAUCCUGACUCGCUGAAUUCUAUGAACGUUCCCAACGAAGAAGACGAUGAGGCUUCAUCGCGCACGGCUUCAACAAGAGUUGAGUUUAUUAUCGGUUCGCCGACGCGUAAGCGCAUCUUCAAAACUCCAUGGAGCGUGCCUGAGUACUUUGAUAGUAUAGAUACCGAAGGUAUGACGCAUGAAGACUUGGCUAGUGAAGAGUAUCAGUAUGAGGGUGAGGCUUUAGCCGACUGCGAUUCGUUAGAAUGCGGAGAUAAAUUGGAGAGUAACAGCUGAUAGGAGGCGAAGAAUAGCUCUCAUGUGGAAAGUGGCAUAAAAAUGAACUUUUUAAAGUCGAGAGAUUGUUGUGUUUUAUAAUUUUUCCGCCUAGAAAACUACAAAAAUAUAUGCAUAUCCAUAUGUGCACAUGUAUGAAUAAUUUUCUAGGAACGCUUAGGAAAAGUUGGAAUGAC